ACGUAAAAGGACCAAACAAAGGGGCCGCAAAGUGGUUAGAAAAAAAAAAAAAACAGUCCAGCAGCGUUGAUCAGUGGGUGUUUCAGGCUCUGUGGACCAUUCCUGAACUGGCCCUCAGAGAAGUAGUAACCUGGUGAGGAACUGGAGCCAUUGAGAAGUGUUUCGAGGGUAUGGGCAGCUGCAGUUUUCCUGUCCCCACAGAGCCCUGUACUAAACUGAGGAGACGACUGUGUUGGAAGGCAGUGGAGAGAUCACAGUGAACCAUGGCCCAGUAUGACCAGCUGGAUGAUAAGGAUUCCCUGGAUAUCCAUGACAACCCACCAGCCCCAGACAAUGUCGUGAAGGAGGAGGACAACACGGUGUAUUUCAUCUACGAUGAAGAGGUGGAAGAGGAGGAGAAGGAGGAGCCGCCGGCCCCGGAGCCUGUCAAGCUGGUGAAUGACAAGCCGCACAAGUUCAAGGACCACUACUGCAAGAAGCCCAAGUUCUGCGAUGUCUGCGCGCGCAUGAUUGUCCUUAAUAACAAGUUUGCUCUGAGGUGCAAGAACUGCAAGACCAACAUCCACCACCAGUGCCAGUCCUACGUGGAGUUCCAGAGAUGCUUCGGCAAAAUUCCUCCUGGCUUCCGACGAGCCUACAGCUCCCCUCUCUACAGCAGUCAGCAGAACGCCACCGUCAAGGAGCUUCUGCCCUUCUCCCAGUCCAACCGCACCGACCCUGUGUUCGAAACGCUGCGCGUCGGGGUCAUCAUGGCCAAUAAGGAGCGCAAGAAGGGAUCCGAGGACAAGAAGAAUAUGAUGAUGAUGAUGAUGGAGGAGGAGGAAGCCCAACAGCCCAAACCUGAGGAAGGGGGAGGGGAGGGCGCAAACCCUGAGGGGGACAAGAAAGGAGACAAAGCUACUGCUGAUGACAAGAAUAAGAAACCCCAGCCUGGGAAGCUUGGAGUGUUCUCGCAGUCACACUACUAUCUGGCUCUGUACCGCUUCAAGGCCGUGGAGAAAGAUGACCUGGACCUCCAUCCAGGGGACCGGAUCACAGUAAUUGAUGACUCUAACGAGGAGUGGUGGAGGGGUAAGAUUGGCGAGAAGGCCGGCUUCCUGCCAGCCAAUUACAUCAUCAGAGUGCGCGCUGGCGAGCGGGUGUUCAAGGUGACGCGCUCCUUUGUGGGGAACAGAGAGAUGGGACAGAUCACCCUGAAGAAAGACCAGAUUGUAGUGAAGAAGGGAGAGGAGGUGAAUGGGUACCUGAAGGUCAGCACUGGACGCAAGCUGGGCUUCUUCCCAGCUGACCUGCUCCAGGAGAUCUGAGCCUGUCUGGACCAGAACCAAAUUUGCAUCGUCAGAUCUGCAACUUUCCUAACCAUGACUAGAACUGCAGAGCAAAUUCAGAUUUAUUAUAAAACUGGUAAUACACCACUGAACGUUUGCCUUUAAUGUCCACAUGCUCAGUAAAUUUAACCGCCAUCCGCUUAUUACUUAGGGAAUGCACACACACUUAUCUGAUCUGGGCUAAUGAGAUUGGAUUGAUGCUCAGUUUUGAAAUGACAGCAUCGAUGGACGAGUCAAGCACAUUCGUGCUUCGUGUGCAGCACCGACGAACCCAAACAAACCAAACGAAUAUCACUGUCGCAAAUGAACUGUGUAAAGGCUUUCCACUCCAUCGCUGAUCUGAAUGCAGGCGUGCAGCUCUGGGAAGCGUUUGCCCAGCCCCGCCUCUUCCUGCGGCUGUGUGAAGGAGUUGCGCUUGCGUGUGUGUGUGUGUGUGUGUGUGUGUGUGUGUGAGUGUGAGCACUCGCCCUGUAUGGCGUGUUCCGGGGGGGGCGGCGGAGGAGGUCAGGGCACACUUCUUUUUUUAACCACCUCAUCAAAGGGCGCAGAAACCGGGCGGCUCUCUGACAGUGCUCCCUGCUCCAGCUCCCCCUGUUCACUAGCAAGAGCGCAGACGCACACACAGCAGCGCUGUCAAGACAGCCCAAGCCUCGGCGCUAACGCAUCUCAGUGACACAAAUAUGAUUGGAUUGGAUGUCUGGCUCUUAAUUAAUGCCAAGUGACAAAUGAGCUGUCUUAAUUGGAGAUCUGUUAUGUUCAUUAACGACAUGACAUGUGCUGUUCUGAGAAUGAUCUUAUAUGAGGGUGAAGUUUUCCUUCUUAUGUGAACAUGUCUGUAUUCCCUAGUCUGUGUAUGUGUGUGUGUGUGUGUGUGUGUGUGUGUGUGUGUGUGUGCGCUUUGCCCGCAAUGCUCUGGCUCCCCUCUCUGUCCCGAAUGCCACCCUGCCAAUAACGGAACAAAAGCCGGUGACUACCAAUAAGUAUUCAUCUUCUGGGUUCUGGAUUUGGUUCAUCCACUUUACAUAAUCCUGUAUUUAUUUGCCACAUUUGCUGUGUGUUUGUUCUUGCUGUCACAAACACUGUUUCACCUCCGGAGGCUCAGACAUGUUAGAAAUGUAGUGUUAGAAGUGCGGGGUUUGCCUGUGACUGAACCAAGUGCCUUAUGUACAAAGCCGGAGGAGGAGGAGGAGGAAGAGUCCCGAGGCAGAGACGGGGAUCUGCAGUGCUGUGAUGCUCCGGCCCUGCGCUGCGCUGUUGCUGCUCCGGUGUGUUUGUGUUACUGUACCGCUGCUCUGGCUGAGACCUGGGCCUCAACCCGCAAUAAAAACUGCUUU